AUGUGGAGGCUCGUAAUCUGCUGGUUCACCGUAGCCUUGUUCCUGGAAGCAACUUCAGCAUCCUCGCAACCACCGAAUCUUGUGAUGAUUCUUGCGGAUGACCUCGGCUGGCACGACGUGAGCUACCACGGCUCUGAUCAGAUCCCGACCCCGAACAUCGACGUCCUCGCCAUGGACGGCAUCAUCCUCUUCCACAACUACGUCCAGCCACUUAGCACGCCCACUCGAGCCGCACUGCUCACUGGACUCUACCCCAUCCACACAGGCACGCAACGUCUUGACAUCGGCAGCGCAGACCCUAUCGGUUUGAGCGUGGACUUCACGUUGCUACCCCAGCACCUCCGGGACCUCGGCUAUUCCACGCACAUGGUGGGAAAGUGGCAUCUAGGCUUCUGCAAGGACGAGUUCAAGCCCACAAAACGUGGCUUUGACACUUUCUACGGCAUCUACAACGGCGACUCCGACUACUGGACACACUUCGCGAGAGACAACAACAUCGACGUCUCGGGACACGCGCUCAAGGACGAGAAGCGAGCUCUGGUCGAGGAGGCCGGACGCUACUUGACGAGCUUGUUGGCUAACCAGGCAGUCCAACUCAUUCACAACAGGCCAAAGAACAAGCCUUUCUUCCUGUACUUCGCCCCAACUGCGGUCCACUGUGGAGGCAGCAACGGAAGUCUGCAAGCUCCCAAGGAAUACAUCUCCAAGUUCGGAUACCUGGCUGAUUACGACAGGCAACUCUUUGCGGGCAGCCUGGCUGAGCUCGACAAGUCAGUGGGGCUCAUCGUGGAAGCACUGUACGUCUCGGGUCAGCUCAACAACACCGUGAUCGCCUUUUCGACCGACAACGGCGGCGCGCCUGUCGGCUUCUCCGCCAACACUUCGCCCAACUGGCCCCUCAGGGGCACCAAGGGCACAGUGGCAGAAGGAGGGGUCCGCGGACCGGGGUUCUUGUGGUCCUCGUCGCUUACUACAAGAGGAAGAGUGACGCAGCAACUGUUUCACGUCACCGACUGGAUGCCCACUUUCUACACGGCAGCUGGCGGCCAAGCCAAAGACCUCACCAUGAUUGACGGCGUCGACCAAUGGGAGUCGCUGACACGCGGAGCUCCUUCCCCUCGCAAAGAAGUGCUCUACAACAUCGAUCCAAUCUCGGACCAGUCGGCCAUCCGAGGCGAGCGGUACAAGAUCAUGGAAGACAAGAACAACAGCCUGUACCCGAACUACGACUGGUACGAACCCACCGGGUCCUUUGCAGCGGGCCACUGGUCUUCUCUCCAGGAGCAGAGACAGGCAUGUCUGGUCGCACAGGUGUUGUCCUGUUACCACGGCAAGACGCUGGAGACUCCGGCCGAGCACCCGGACGCUGUCCUGACCGAAAUCGUCUCCGGAGGCGACUUCUGUCACCCCUCGUUGGGCACCUGCAUGUACGACCUCCUGACCGACCCUUGGGAAAGAUUCAACAUCUACAAGCCCGAUCACCCUGAAUAUAUGAAACUCCGUGCACGACUGGAGGAGCUCAAGCUGACCAUGAAAGCGCCCAUGUUCGGCGUCGCCGAUCCCAAGGCCAACCCGCUUCGUCGCAAUGGCGUCUGGGACUCCUGGCUGGACUAGAGCCCCAAUCGGCGACUGAAAUUUUGCUACGGCGUUCACAGUACACAC